GCACUCGUCUUUCCCGUCGUCCAUGCCGCCGUCCAUCAUGUCCAUGGCCCCAUCAAUCAGUCUCCCAUGGGCUACCGACCGUAUCGUAUGAGAGGUUUUCGCCACCGACCUAACGAAGAGUUCCAAGCACAAUAGAAAGAUGAAGGUCGUUGCAUUGAUCAGUGGUGGUAAAGAUUCCUGCUUCAGUAUGAUGCAGUGCGUAGCAGCUGGCCAUGAGAUUGUAGCUCUAGCUAAUCUGCAUCCUGCUGAAAAAGAUGAGCUGGAUUCAUUUAUGUUCCAAACGGUAGGACAUGAAGGAGUUAUGUAUAUUGCUGAAGCUAUAGGGUUGCCUAUAUAUCGUUAUGAAACAUUUGGCAAGGCCAAUGUGCAAGAAAAAUAUUAUUACCCUACAGAAGGUGAUGAAGUUGAAGAUCUUUUUAAGCUUUUGAGUAAAGUGAAGGAACAUCAAAAUAUAGAGGCUGUGUCAAGUGGUGCUGUUCUUAGUGAUUAUCAACGAAUUCGUGUGGAAAAUGUGUGCAAUCGUUUAGGUCUUAUUUCCUUGUCAUACUUAUGGAGACGGGACCAAGAUGAAUUGUUAAAUGAAAUGAUACAGAAUUCUGUUAAUGCAAUAUUGAUCAAAGUUGCAGCUUUAGGCCUUGAAAUCAAACAUUUGGGCAAAUCUAUAUGUGAAAUGCAACCUCAUCUUGUUAAGAUAAAAGAAAAAUAUGGAGUAAACAUAUGUGGAGAAGGAGGAGAAUAUGAAACUUUUACUUUAGAUUGCCCCUUGUUUUCCAAAAGUAUUGUAGUUGAUGAGUAUGAGAGUGUUGUAAAUUCGAGGGACGACGUAGCGCCUGUAGGAUACCUUACAUUUACGAAGAUCCAUUUAGAAGAGAAGGAUAAUGGAGAAUUGGAGAAGUUAAGUCUAUCCGAAAGACUAAAAAAUGUUUUGAUAAAAUCGCCACAGGAUUACAUUGCUGAAAUUAUUGGUCCUGAGCUACACGACGGCUGUAAUUUAUCGGAAGACGAAAAUGACGAGCACGCAUGUGAAAGCAAUAGCUUGAAAGCAUCAAACUCAGGUCAGUUUCAUCCUCCAAGUCCAAUGGAGAUUUUGUACGAAGAGGAAGAUUGCCCAGAUGCGCCAGUUGUUAAUAAAAAUCAAAUAGGAUGGUUCUGGUUCGGAGGUAUUAUAGGAAAACAUCCAGACGUUGUACCCGCCAUGGAAGAGGCACUGGAAAAACUAAGCACUCUAGUUCAAAACGAAAAUUUAUGCCUAUCCGACAUAGUUGCGGUAACAUUGUAUAUAAAAGAUAUGUCAAAUUACAAGGCUAUAAAUGACGUAUACGUUUCCUGGUUGGGUAAGAAAAAUCCACCGGUUCGUGUAUGCGUAGAAUGUCCUUUGAAUGUACAUGUCAUGCUUGACGCGAUAGCUUAUAAGGAAAGUCAAGAGAGUGGCGAUAAAUGGGCCUGUAAGCGACACACAAUGCAUGUUCAAAGUAUAAGCCAUUGGGCUCCUGCCAAUAUCGGUCCUUAUUCUCAAGCUGUUUGUGUAGAUGAUGUUAUCUUAGUCGCUGGGCAGAUACCUUUGGUGCCUGGUAAUAUGAAUCUUCUAGAUAUGAACAUUAAACGGCAGUGCCGUUUGACAUUGAGGCACAUCGACCGCAUUGUUAAGGCCAUGGAUGCGAAACUUCGAGAUAUAGUACAAGGUAUCUGUUUCCUGACUCAUUCUAGUUACAUAGCAGAUGCGAGAAAGGAGUGGGAAAGGAGAACGAGAAAUGCUAUUAUAGAUUACAUUGUUGUACCAAAUUUGCCACGUGGUGCUCAAGUUGAAUGGUGUGUUUGGGCUCAUAGGGAUAAUAAUCGAUUUGAGUAUGAGGAAACAGGAAAAUGUGUGGCGAAUUUUAGGAUAGCCAUCAGACGUAGGUGGAAUUAUGAAAAUAAUGUUUCGGCAAUUGUGUGUUACAUGUCUACUGGUUCAUCUAAUUCGACUGGUAAUUUGACAACAGAAGCAAGUUUGCCAACUACAGAAUUGAAUGCAAAUGAAUUGUCAGAGGCUUUUGAUUAUCUAUUAUGUAAACUUAGAAAAGGCUCGCAAAGCGCAACUCCAACGUGUAACCUGCGAAUAUUUUACAAGGUCGGCAGUUUUCCGGGCCCAAACUUUCUUCACAAUGUCCUUUCGAAAUUUUCUAUGCAGAAUUUAGUGAUUACUGUUAUACCGGCAACUCACUUACACAAUUUCAGUACUUUGUUAUCUAUAUACGGUAUUAGACACGAGUAAAUAUUCAGAAUAAUUUUUUACACCGUCAAUUAUUCGUCAAAAUUGGAGCGCACACUUAGGAUAAAAAAGUUAAUGCUUGGAAAAACAGCACGUAAAAGAACUGUUUUGACAAAAAUAGGAAAAAAUGCGUCUAAUAUUUUGUACUUUAUUUCUUAGAAUAUUGCACGCGAAGAUAAUUAUAAUUUCACUGGUCGUGAACUACAAUCGAAAUUUCGUAAAUUUUUGAAUAUUCUUUUAAAACAAUAAUUUUUCAACUUUUUGCAGUUUUUUAGCUGUUAUAAAUUUAAUAUCGUUUUUGAGGUAGAAGGGUGGAGUGAUGUUUUUUUGCAAUAGCAUGGACCAUUAAGUUUUCCUACGUGCGCAAAUAAGUCUCGAUGUUCUUUUCUGACGGUUAGUGGGCGUAUUUAAGUACUUUUCGCGUUUCGCACGCGAGAGACGGCUGUUCGCUCGACAUUUACUGACGAUGUAGUUACGUCGCUGUUUCUUUCAGCUGCACUUUUAUCUUUUCAAGAUAAGCGGUCUUCAAGCAAGGUUUAUCUCCCUUGAAAGUGUAUCCUGCUCCUUUUUGUAAUAUAAAAAUAGCAACAAAGCGCAGCUGAAAAGAAACAGACGUUAUAUUAUCUUGUAUACCGAGUACUACUAGUCAAUGACGGGUCAAGUGCAAUUCCGAGCUGUGAGCCCGUCCCCGUUUAUAGCGCAUAAGUGCUCUUUAACAACACGAUAAUUACACAUUAGGUAUAAUAAUACUCGUGCGACUCGUACUGUGCUGAUUACGCUAUGAUGUUUCGUUUUUCUUUUGCUCAAAGUACACGUUACUUUAUGGUGUUUGUAAUCAUGUGCGGAAUGUUAAUUAACGUGUGUGAUGUUUCUCUAAACGACAUUAAAUCGUGCACAGCCAUUUUAAAGUAGCACUCUACAUUUACUCGAAUUCUAAAUGAAAGGAAGGAAAGGAAGGAACGUUUGUUUUAGCUGCGAGGUUAAAGAUACGGGAUACCACUGCUGGUUCGGUACGAUUUAAUACGACGGAGAAAGCAUAUAUGGAACGUAUAUAUAUGUAUAUUUUUUUCACACAACGAUGUUUUUCGUUGUCACUAAUGCUGCCGGUAUCGUUACGUAAUUGUAUUACCGAUUGAUUGUGUCACAGGAGUGACAUUUAAAGAGAAAAGGAAAUUAAGAUCAGCGAACUCGAUAUAAGACGCUAUGCAGCAGCUCUGCAUUCUUCGCGCGUACAUACUUUAGAAGUAUCUUUUAUACAAAUUGCAUUGCAAUACGAACUCUACUAAGAUUAUUUUGACGUAAUAUUGUAUAUGAGGUUGAUGCAACGAUAUGCCAAAGUUUAUAUUUUGCAACUUGCUCAUUUUUUAAACAGUCGCAAUUAUUAUCGUUAUUCUGUAUAUGUACAUAAUACAACGUAAUCUAACACGAUAUAUAUAUUGUAAUUGAUUUUUGACGGCGAAAAAAAGAGAAAGAGCGCACUGUUCAAAAUGUGGAUACUCUGUAAUGAUAAGUAUGUAAAAACAGAUAAAGAAAGAUGUUUAUUCGCAUCUAACUCCUGCAACAGAAUACUAAUCCAAGAAUUAUGUCAUAUAAAAGAAGAAUAAAGAGAAUGAUAUAUAUUUUUAAGAAA